AUGUCGUAUGAAGAUAUAACGAUGAUGGAUGAUGAUACAUCACCCUCAACAUCAACUGAAUGUUCGUCAUCCUCAUCCUCCUCAUCAUUACUUGUAUAUUCAUCAUCAAUGACUACUUCAACAAAACCUAGUAUCAGUACAACAACAUCGAAUAAACGACGCUUAAUAAAUUGUCGUGUGCUUGUACAUACGACUCUUGAAAAUCAAUUUUUACGUUAUGGUGGAAAAUUAUCUAGUCAUACACAUUUACCAAAUCCAUCUGUAUCUGAAGUACGAAAUUUACGUAAAGCAAUGCGUAAAGGAGCCGAAAAUAGAACAACAUCAUUGCAAAAAAUCGCUGAACAAGAAGUGCGACAAGCAUUAUUGACAGCAGAAGCUUUAGCUAAUUUACCUCGUAUUAAUAAUUUGGGUAUGAUAUUACUUUUUCGUGCGAGUCAAUAA